AUGUCCAACCCCAACCGCAAGCCCACGCAACACGACCUCGUCCUCGCCGCCCAAGAGUUCAACCAGUGGUUGAAAGAGGCAGCAGCCGGUGGGGUCGCAUUUCUAUGCGGUGGCCUCGCACUCUCACUGUACGGAAAUGUGAGACAAACGGAGGAUGCCGACUUGGCUCUCGACCUCUCUCUCACCCACCGGGAUGGAGACCCAAAGAAGCAUUACGACACGAAUCAGCUGAAGGCCCUCGCUGCACACGAUCCCAAGCAUCGCUUCAUCGUCGGGCCCAAAAUCUAUAUCAUCUUGUACGCCAAUGAUGCGGCCAAGAAGCUCUAUGUCCAGGUCGACUUCAUCGACGCCGCCUUAUUCUACAGCCCCUGGGAUCCAGCCCAAAUGAUUGACCACGACCCAAGGCUCCCUGUUCCGUGCCUCACCCUCCCCACCCUCCUCGUGGGGAAGAUCAAGAGCGCGCCCGAGCGGAACCAGCCCAACGAGAAUGAGCGCAUCAUGAAGCAGGCGAACGACAUACAGGAUGCCAAUUUCGCGGUGGGAGAGUGUCUUCAUCGCGAGCUCAUCCUCGUGAAGGCUCAGGUGGAGCAUCUCGGGAGGGAUGAGAAAUUAGUUAUCGCAGUGCUCGAGGACUUCUUCAAGCUCACCACGAAGCUCGAGAAGGAGAGACGCCUGCCCAGCAUGGCUAAGCUCCGCUCGAACUGGGCAGAGAUCGUGCACAAGAGUGGCCUCCCCAAGGCUUACGGCGACGUUGCAACAAAGGUUUAG